AUGCCUACAGCCGUAGACUCAACCGUCAUGCUCCCACCACCCAUUGAGGCCUCUACCAUGGUACCACCUCACCUCCGGCCAAAGCCCGACACUGUAAAAUACUUAGAAGACGUUCCUGUAAUUGACCUUUCACCACUCCAGACGCCAAAUUCUCAUGACUUGGCGGACAUCGUCGCUCAAGAGAAGCGAAAGGUUGCCAGAAACCCGAACAUGCCAUGGGGUUACAAUGAAAGUGACCACACGAACAACAUACGGGACUGGGCCGAGGUUUUCGACUUCAUGUUAAAUAAAGAACUUUCGAUCCCAGCAUCGUUGGAGCCAGAUUGCCAAGAGACAUCUACUCUCCACAACCAGUGGCCAGAAAACCCGGCAGAUUUUCGGAAAGUCUGCAAGGAAUUUACUCAGGCUGCUUCAAAAUUGAUGUGCCAAUUGCUAGAGCUCAUCGCCCUCAGCCUAGGCUUACCAGCUGAUGGCUUCAACCGUUACCUUGAGAACCACAUGAACUACUCUAGAAUCAACUACUUUCCAAUAUGCCCUUCUCCCGAAUUGGUUUUAGGCAAAGGAGCUCACAAGGACCAUGCUAUCUUGACCCUCCUGACCACAAAUGGAGUCAGUGGGCUCGAGGUGAAGCGAAAAUCGGACGGUGAAUGGCUCCGACUGAGACCCAUUCCUGAUUCAGUGGUGGUCAUCAUGGCAGGUGUUCUACAGGUUUGGAGCAACGAGGAAUAUGAGUGCAUCGUGCAUAGAGUUGUCGUAAACUCGGAGAAAGAGAGGUUCUCGAUGGUCACUGUAGCUUCACCUUCAUAUCAUGUGAUGGUUAAGCCUAUUCAAAGAAUACAAGUGGGGAGAUUUCUUCAUGUCGAGGAGCGUCAGCAAUCUUGA